AUGGAUAAUAUUACUACAAAACUGAGAGAGGCUGAAUUAGAAGAUAAAGCAGAAGAUAUCGAAUUAGAAUACACCGAUUCUAAUGAUUUUGAUGAAGAUAAUUUAUAUAUUAACGAAGAAACGGAAACAGGUAGAGAAAAAGUGGUUAUAUCGCAUCCUCCACUUCAACGGAUUGUACCUCCUUUAAAUUUUUGUCCAGUAGAAAGGUAUCUAUAUAGGUCGGGUCAGCCAUCACCUGUAAAUUUCCCAUUUCUGUUAAAUCUAAAUCUAAAGACUAUUAUAUGGCUAGCAAAUGAAGAGCCACAGGAUAACUUGCUUGAAUUUUGUGAUAAUAAUAAUAUCACAUUACAAUUUGCAGCUAUUAACCCAGAUGGCGGUGAAGAUGACAACCCAUGGGAUGGAUUAACUGAACAUUCCAUUAUUAAUGCUCUAAGGACUAUAGUUUCUUCAGAGAAUUACCCAUUAUUAGUCUGUUGUGGGAUGGGCAGACACAGGACAGGUACUGUUAUUGGUUGUUUAAGAAGAAUUAUGGGUUGGAAUUUGGCUAGUGUAUCUGAAGAAUAUAGAAGGUUCACUGGUAGCAGAGGUGGUAGAAUUUUGGUAGAAUUAUUGAUUGAAGCAUUUGAUACAAAAUUGGUAGAAAUUGAUAAAGAGAAGGCUCCAGCUUGGUUACAAACGGCUCUAUGA